UAUGUUUUCCCGGGAUAGAAGAAGUACUAUCUGAAUAAAUCUAGGCAACCAUUUCCGCGACCGGGGUAUCCCAGAGGUCUGAUUCGAGAAUGCUAGCAAGUGAAAUCCAGUGCUCAGCCGUCUCGUAUUGCUGUGUUAUUCAUUGAUGCGCCCUUUACUCGCACUGAUAAGCUGGCGUAAACAAAACACCCAGGCAAUUCCUAGAAGAAGCCAUACGAGCAAAUUGGAACUCUCCAGUCGGUCUCGUGAGCCCGACAAAUAUCGUACCUUACCUGAAGAAAAGAGAAAAAGGAAAAAAUUCAACCCGUGUACGUACUACAACAAUUCGGACAGAUUAGGCUGUCAAUCGGUCGAUCGAUCAUCGAUGGACAUCAAGAUCCACGCACGCAUACACCUAUAUGAUGGAAAAUUACACCGCUACCUGUACAACGGAGCGCCGCAGUGGAGAUGAAUUUGAGCAGAAGUUCGAAGCUGCCACCCAAUUUCGACCGGAAGGGAGCUGAUUUUGAAGAAAUGAAGAUGACGUCAAGACGAAACGCUUCUUCAUCUUCAUCUUCCGCUUCCGAGUCUGGUUCCGAUUGCCUCGAUCAGCGGGACGUGGAAGUCGGUAAACCAACCAGGAGAAAAAUGACGACCUUCCAUCGCAGCGACCAGAGCAGUAGAAAUGGAAGGACGAUAAGGAGGGCGGGUCGUUCGGCGCCGCUGCUGAUGUGGAUGUCGUUGAUAUUUAGCGGCAGUAUUAGUUUGAAAUACGUGAGGUGCAACGAAUCGUCGAGUGUCGGUGUUGCCACGGGUCAAGUACCGUCGUUCUCGGCCUCGUCGGCGACCACCUCGAGAACGGCAUCUACGACGGAAAUGGUUUUUCAAAGAUUCGCGAUAGAGCCGAUGGAUCAGACCGCCGUUAUUGGCUCCAGAGUCACUCUACCCUGCAGAGUUUUGGAUCAGAAAGGGCCGAUUCAAUGGACCAAAGACGACUUCGGACUCGGUGCCGUUAGAAAUUUAACCGGAUACGAGAGAUACGCCAUGAUCGGCAGCGACGAAGAAGGCGAUUUUUCUCUCCACAUCCAUCCGGUGGAAUUGGAAGACGACGGCAAAUACCAGUGUCAGGCGUCGCCCACGAACGACGGCCAGCCCGGAUUGAGAUCGAGAUUCGCCUGGUUGAGCGUCCUCGUGCCACCCCAAAAACCGAAAAUAACUCAGGGCGAUUUUUUGGUCACCACCGAAGACAGGGAACUCACGUUGGAGUGCGUGAGCGUCGCCGGCAAACCACCGGCAGAGAUCACCUGGAUCGACGGACUCGGUCAUCCUUUGCUCAAAGGAAUCAGAACUAUUCAGGAAAAGUUCGACGGAGGUCCUUUGGUCACGGUUAAAUCGGUGCUCACCGUAAUGCCGAGAAAGGAGCAUGACAACACAACGUUUACAUGCCAGAGUCAAAACGCCGCCGACCGAACACCGCAAAAUGUUAAACUCAGGGUCGAGGUUCGGUACGCGCCGAAAGUCUCGUUGAAAAUUCGUUCAGGGUUUUCAAAGAACGGGAGAAUCGUCGAGGGGGCGGAACUGAGAUUCAAAUGUCGCGCAGAAGCAAAUCCACCAGACAUGGAAUACAGGUGGUACAUCAACGAGAGAAAAGUCAUCGGGGAUUACACCACCGAGAUGAUAAUCCACAACGCCACCCGACAGGAUCAUGACGCCAUUGUAAAAUGCGAGGUCCACAACGACAUUGGAAAGAGCGAAGAAAUCGAGACUCUGGAUAUCACUUACGGUCCACAGUUUCGUCACCCUCCACAGUCCGUCGAGACUCACUACGGAGCUACGGAAAUACUCCAGUGCGACGUCGACGGUAAUCCGACACCGGAAAUACUCUGGAUCCACGAAGAAUCGGACAGAAUCGUUGCCACCAGUCCGAACAUCAGUGUGGUAGUUAGUCCGGAAACUGCCGGACGUUAUUACUGCAAAGCGCAUGUACCCGGUUUUCCAGAAUUGACGGGAUACGCGAAUAUUUAUAUACGAGCCGCUCCGAGCAUAGUUUCCCAACGUACUCAGUACGUUCCGGAAGAAGGUGUCGUCAAGGUCGAGUGCACCGCGAUCGCGGUACCGAGGGCCGAUUCGGUGACGUGGAGUUUCGGGGGUAGGGAGUUGAAUUUCUCGUCGAACAGCACACCUUAUUUUAUACAGGAGGAAUUCACCCCGGAGGGAAUCGUCAGCACUCUGACUCUCCUGGAUCCGGUGUCCACCUAUUUUGGGGAAUACAAUUGCACGGUGGUCAAUAGUUUCGGAGCCGAUUCCGUGAUCAUCAAACUUACCACGCACGCUCUGAUUCCAGUCGAUUGGCAGCUAAUUUUGAUCGUCGGGGGAUUAGUGAUUUGCGUUAUCCUGAUCGGGGUUAUCGUUGCACUUAUUCUGCACUGCAGAGAUCGGAUCAAACAACCCAGGCCACGAACGGUCCAGGCGCAGGACAACGACAUGCAAGAAACGGAUUCCAAUGUCGAACGUUAUCGAGAGAGCGAUCGCAGCAGCAAUCUGUCGGACGUCAAGGCUGACAUCAGGGCAGGGUCGAGCGUCAGCAACGCCGAAAGUGUAACGGCUCUGGAUAGCGAAGGUGAAGGCAGCACGAGGGGUGUGAACGCCCUGGCGUUAGCGGGGCCGGUACCUAAUCCCCUCGGUUUUCGGUACAGCGCCGAUUACACGGAGCCUUCGUUUCCUCCAAAAAAUAACGAUGGAAGCAACAACAACGGCUACGUUCCUUACGUGGAUUACGCCCGCGAUUACACCCCCCCGGUUGCGCAAGGGAUGGGAGCCUCGAGGGAGUCCCUCAGCAGGAUACCUUCGGGGGGGAUCCUUGCGUCUAAAAAAAUUGGUCUCAGUUCGGCCAAUCUUGGCGGUACACCGCCGGUCAAUUCGAUAAUUGAUCCGAGAUUCUCAGCGACCUACGGAAACCCGUAUCUCAGAAUGUCCGCAGCGGAGCAGCUCAGGCAUGCCCCGCAUACGGCCAUACCUGGCGUAACUCCUGCACCCCCACCUUACACGCAGGCCAUGCGGAUGAGCAACAUGAACGCUCUGAAUGGCGCUGGACCACAGACUCCGUUGUCGGCUCAUUACAUCACCGGUGGACCCAACGGAGGCGUAGCUACUGUAAAACGUACUUCGGCGGUCGGGGGUCUCGCGACGCACGUAUGAGAUUAGGAAUUACUCGAGCAGAAUUAGCGAUGUUUGAAUUUUUCGAUGGCCUGAGAGGAGGGAGGGAGCGAAGAGGAAGCGUGGCCGACGUAUUCCGGAAGAGAUUCGGCGUCGCAGCUUCGCGAAGGACUGCAACGAAGCACGGUAAUGUGAUACGAAUCGACUCCGCCAUCUACGUGACGAACGAACCCUUUGAAUAAAAAUAUGGAGAGAACACGCGCUCGACUCUGUGAGAUAUGAAAAAAUGGCAUUAAUUUUUGAGGUGCAUCCCAUGGACUAGAAUCUUGACGGCAAGUCUGUCGAGAGCCAUCGCCAAGAUGUUAUUCAAACAAGGUAAAUAAUGUUACGUAGACAAUUCUAGAUAAUUUUCUUUGAAGCGCUGCCUUAGAUCGUUGUAAAAGAAAUUUCACCCCCCAGGAUACUCAAAAUCCAACCUGUGAUAAAGGCAAUAUAAAUAGUUGUAAAGCGAGCCUAGAGUACCUUACCGUGAUUUAAAAUGAUUAAACAAAGAAAGCUGAAAAAGCACAGACAUUUUUAAAAAAAAAAUCACGUGAUCUCGUCGUAUGAAAGAAGACGAUCUAACGUCGGGGAUGAAAGAAACUUUGAAGAUGGUCACCGAUAAUUUGCGAUUGUGAAAACGCGAAAGAUAUUAAAUUAGUGAAAUCGUUAGAACCAGUCAAAUUGUACAAACCUGUAAGUAAAGGAUAUGUUGUCGGUUUUCGUGGAUUCAUUGUAUAAUAAUAAUUCUUCGAUUUUCUUUUUUACUUGCUUACGUGUAUAGGAGCUAUAAGUAGCACGAAUUAAGGUAAGGAGGAAACUAGUUGUAAAUAUAUCGUCAACUUUAGGCACGUACGUUUCUUACAUUUUCGAUACUAAAGAUUAGAAAUAUUCUUUAGCAACAUUAACCACAACUCCAUGGUCUGAUUUUCUCUUUCCACUGAUCGGACAUCCUCAUAAGUAUAUCUGUUGUUGGAUAGAUAGCCGUAUUGAAUAAUUUUUUGGCUUUGAUGUUGUUCAAAUGAUGUCAACGCGUUACUAGUAAAAUGAUGUGUAUAAAAUGGAGAGGUUGAAUCAAUCGAUAUGCGCGUACGAUGAUUAAUUAAUUACGUUACGACACGCGCCCCUUUGGUAAAAAAAAAAAAAAAAAAAAAAUGAAGUAAAAAAACUAAAACAAAAAGAAUACUAAUGAUAAUAAGAGAGAGAAAGAAAAAACAAACUUUUUAAAUACAGUAGUAUAAAUAGACGACACUAAAUAUUGACAAUCUUUUGAUUAAAGACUAUUAUAUACGUAUAGUAGAUCUCUCAAUAAGAAUUUUUUUUCAUUUAAAAAGAUGGAGAAAAAAAUAUAUAUAUUCGUUAAAAAAACAUAUUCAUAGCCUGAUCCUUUCUCAAAAUUUAUUUCCAAAAUGAAUUGCGACGAAGAACAACAUAUAUUAUUAACAUCGAAGAAGUCGAUACACAAUGCGUAGAAAUAAUUUGAAAAAAAUAGAAGAAAUAAAAAUACUUGAUCAUUUACCGACUUUGAAAUUCUAUAAUACAUACCUACGUAAUUGUCUGAUACGUGAAGCGAUUGGUAUUAUUUAUUUAAACAUUUUUCUUUCGUAAUUACGUUGAGAAAGAAUCUCAGUAAUUGAAUUAUUUGCGAUGGUAUCCGUACGAUGUAAUAAUGGUAAUAAUAUUAUAAAAUGACACUUGAUUUUUGGGUGUCGCAAUAGUUUCCAUUGGCCUGAAAAUACUUUUAUCGGAAUAUAAAGCAAAAAUUGCUUUUGCAUAUUAUUAAAGAAACCCCAAAUUAAUUACGCCCACGAUUGUAAUAUAGAUAGGUAAAUAAUUAGAUAUGUUAUUAAACUGUUGUUGAUAUGAAUAUAGAGCCUAUACUAUAGUUCGAUGGCACUAAAGUAUAUUAUUUUAUCGAAUUAAGAGUGUUCUUGCGACUAAAAAUAUAAAAUAAAAAAAACAACACACACACACAGAAAGAAGAAAAACACCGUCGUGUAAAUGUUUAACGUAACAUAUUAAUAAUGAAAAU